AUUUUUUUUUGUAAUUCAUCCAUAGCAUGUGUUAUCAAAAUUGUGUGAUACUCUUUAAUAGGUCGUAAAUUUCAUCAUACGACAAAAGUAAAUGGAGAUAUGUCAAAUGCAGCACAGUAACGCAGUAAUCACAUCUCAAAGAUGGACAGAUUGCGACUAUUGCCAUUGGAAUUGCCAUCAGCCACCAAUAUAAACACUAAUGGAACAGUUAAAGGAAAAGUUUCAUUUGUUCGACGAUUAGCAGUAGGAUUUGUUAUUUUGGCUACACUAGGUUUAUUAUAUGUGCCAGCAUAUCAUUCUGCCCAAAGCCCAUUCUCAGGCUUAGGUGAGACUCCGUCCCCUGCAAAAUCUAUUGGUGUUUCGCACUUGGUAGCCUCCGUUGCACAGCUACCAGGAUGGGCAUAUAAUACUUCAAGAGAUCUUUGUUUAUAUAUUCAUCCAGAAAAUACAACCUCAGUUUUAAGUCCUACUGGUAUUUGUUCUCCACCGCUGUAUCUCCUAAUAGUUAUUUGUUCGGCUGUUAUGAAUCUCAAAGCCCGUGCAGCUAUAAGAAAUACUUGGGCUAAUAGAAAUAAUUUAGAUAGUAUAUAUAAUUCAACAGUAAGGAUAGCAUUUCUUUUGGGAGAAAGUGACAACGAUACAAUUAAUAGCAUAAUAGCUGAAGAAAGUCAUCAAUUCAAUGAUAUUAUCCAAGAAAAAUUUUAUGAUACAUAUAAUAACUUAACAUUAAAGUCUGUAAUGAUGUUGAAAUGGAUAACAUCAAAUUGUGGUCAAGCUAAGUACCUCAUGAAAACAGACGAUGAUAUGUUUGUAAAUAUUCCUAUUUUAAUGAAGACAUUACAAUCAAGAUCGCAAGCUACCAAUACAUUAUUAGGUUCUCUUAUUUGCAAUGCAAAGCCUAUUUUAGAUCCAAAUAACAAAUGGUAUGCACCAAAAUAUAUGUAUUCAGAGACAAUAUAUCCUAAUUAUUUAUCGGGUACGGGGUAUGUGAUGAGUCUAGAUGUGGCAUUUAAAUUGUAUCAAACAGCAUUAACAACACCACUGCUUCAUUUAGAAGAUGUUUAUAUCACAGGUCUUUGUGCAAAACAUGCAAAAAUACGACCUGUAAAUCAUCCUGGUUUUAGUUAUGUUCCAAGGAAAUUGGAUCCUUGCAUAUUAAAAAAUGUUAUCACAACGCACAAAGUUAAUGUGUCUAAUAUGUAUGUGAUAUGGAGCAAACUAAAUGAUACAAAUCUUUCUUGCAGUAAACACUCUCAUACUGAUAAAAAAUCAGUUACUUUAAGUAGAAAUGGUAGAAAUGUUGGAUAUUAUAUAGUGAAAAGAAGAACCGUUAAUAAGUGUGUAUAAAGUAAAUAGAAUUUUUAAUAUUAAACCUAUUAUUUAUUAUCGAUAUAAUGUUUAUUAAAAAUAAGCAAAUCAAUGAAUACUAAGAAAAGUUCCAAAAUAAAUCACCUAGUAUUCUCAAUCAAUUAUCAUAAAAGAUACUUUUAUUAAGAUUUUUAAUAGAUGUGAAUAUGCUUCUAAAUUUUUGAAUCUCGAACUUUAACCAAUUCUUGUACUAGUUUCUUUGCUAUACUCUAUUGUACCUUCCAUGUAUUUUUACUGCAAGAAAGAUUUUUAACUGAUAUUUAAUAAAUAAUUGAAGGUUUUAUACACUAUUUUUCCAUUUGAAUAGUAGUAGGUUUUAAGGAAACGCUGUCAAUUAGAUUUCCUGUGUGAGUAAUUAACUUCUUUGCCUACUUACAUAAAAUUUGGAUAAUUAAGUACCGAACACGCGUCUGACCGUUGUGUGAAAAAUUAGGAAUUACACUUAAAACAAAGAAUUUCGUUAAUUUCAUAUCUUAUCAGCUACUUCCCAUAGAUAUUAAAAUGGUAUAUGUUUAUAUAUAUAUCACAUAGAACCAUUAUUAAAAAUACAUACUCGUAAAUAUCUCGUAUACAAAAUAUCAGUUCUCGUAGUCAAAAUAUUUCAUUUAAGUUUUAAACAUAUUUUUAACCGAUCCAACCAGAAACUAUUUUAAAAAUUACGACGCAGGUUUCAAAUACAGCCGAUGUUAUAAAAGUAUCGUAAAAAUUGUGAUUUACAAAAGAUAAUCUCAAAGAUCUGAAGUGACUGUACGAUAUUUAACACAGAAUGAUCUGAAACAUUAGUAUGUAAUACUAAGGAUGAUAAUUUUACAUACUUUACAAAACUCGCGAUACUUUACAAAACUACGAUAACCAAACGUUGUCCUUAACUUUAUCACGCUUCCGUUAGAAUCUCAUUAACUUUAACAGACGUAGUUAAAUACUUAUAUAAGCUUUUAAUUUGUGUAAAAAGACUUCAAUGUUUGUAUUUUAUUUCGAAUUGUCCUCAUAUUUUUAUAAAAAUUGAAACCUUUUUUUUAGCAAUAUAUUUAACAUUCCGUAUUACGAUAAAAUAUCUGAUAUUUUCAAUAAGUAUUAUAUUAAAUGACGUUCAUUUUUUUUAAAAAGCUCGUAAUGAAUUUUUUUAAUUAUCGUAUUUAUCUGCAUAAGUAUAAUGAUAUUACGAAAAAUAUAUAAAAUAUGUUAGAAGUGUAUUACAUUACACUAAUCGCCUAAACAAAAAGAAGUUUCUUUAAAAUAAAUAAUUGACUUUUACACGUUCUAGAAGAAUUGUUAUAUGAAUACAUAUAAAUAUAUAUUUUGCUAUUUAUACUUAAUGCUAAUAGCUUUUUACAGUUGAUUCCUUUCGAAAAAAAUUAUUUAUGUAAAAUCUGCAUAUUCGUGAUGCUACUUAUAAAAUAAUAUCGAUAUUUUUUUCACGUUUAGGUACUGUGAUUGUUUAAAAAAUUUAAUUGUACAAUUUUUGAAUUUAGUACCUGUCAUUUAUUGAUUACAUUAUUAAAAUAUUAGAAGUAGUAAGUUCAUUCAUCCAAUUCAUGAUGAAUGUAUCUUGUGCAUAAUACCACUAAUAAGGCUGUACAAUGAUAUUUAUUUAUAAGUAUCAACGAUUUACAUUUAGCAAUUAAGAAUUCGAUGUAGCCUAAUGUAUGCUAUGAUUAUAUAAUAUAAAAUUUUGUAAGAGUUCAUUAUGAUGUAUCAAUUCAGACAUAUAUAAUGAUGAUGAUGAUAUUAACAAUCGCAUUUUAAUAUUCUGAUUAACUGAAGUCACUAUCAUCUGAUUCAUAAUCAUAAUAUGCAUACAAAAAUUGCAUUUCUUGAUGAUCCUAUUAUAGGGUAUUUAACUUAGUGUGUCAAUAGUUAAAUCAAUUAAGUAAUAAAAAUUCAAACUUUUAAAUUGAUUUACCUUAUCAAAUGCAAUUGGUUUACUAAUUGUGAAAGAAAUUAGAAUUACUAAUGACUCUGGAAUAUCUUAGUGGCCUUAGAAAAUUGUGUUUUAUUUUGUACAAAUACAUUGCUCUAGCGCUUAAUAAACUCCUACCACAUUGCAAAAUUUGGUGCUAAAUAACAAUUAAUUAAUUAUAUAUUUGUUGUACAUAAUCCUCUAUAAAUCGCUAUUUAGUUUUUAAACAGACUUGAUUUUUUUAAACAUUUGUUUCUAUUGAAUUAUCAGACAUUUAUGUGGUCUAAUGAUAAUUGUAAAAUAGAAAAAGAGAAUGAUAUUCAGAAUUUGCAAAACUGUGAUUUUUUUAUAUUCAAAUAUCCUUAAUAUUUAAAACUGUAAUAAAAACAACAUUAUGUA